AGAAGGGCAGAUGGUUUUCCCUAAGCAUUUGUCAAUAUCGACUUCAGCUUUUAGAAAGUAGAACCAAGACACCGUGUCAUUCUUACACCACGACCGUCUUAUUCGCGGUCGAAUCCCUGCUGGCCUAAAGUCGUACCGUCUAGCAACCUUCAGCCGAAGAUUCCGUCUUCCACUUUCGAUCUUCCAUCUAUACCACAAAUGCUAGUUCCGGAUCCCGAAAAGGUUGACGCUGUGGCUAGGUCUCCAGAAGACACAACCUACCCAGAGGGCGGUACACAAGCAUGGCUCGUCGUGCUCGGUGCUUGGUGCGGCUUGACAGCCUCAAUAGGUGUCUACAACACGACUGGAGUCUUUAGUGUCAUCAUCUCGUCCACAAUUUUGCCGAACAUAUCCGCUUCCUCUCUUGGGUGGCUCUUCUCCAUCUAUGCUUUUGUGGUGUGGAUCGUGGGAGUGUGGGUCGGACCAUGCUUCGACGUGUUUGGUCCCCGUCUGCUAUUACUUGCAGGAACAUGUUGUACAGUACUGGGUAUAAUGUGCCUGAGUUUCUGCACUGAAUACUAUCAGAUCUUUCUAGCUUUCUCGCUGCUUACUGGCCUGGGAUCGAGUCUAUUACUCACUCCAUCUAUGGCUUGCGUAGCUCAUUGGUUCAACACUCGUCGCGGCGUUGCCAGUGGUGUUGCUUGGACCGGAGCUGGACUCGGCGGUGUCAUUUUCCCUCUUAUGAUUCAAGCUCUGUUGCCAACCCUCGACUGGGGGUGGACCAUCAGAGUCCUCGGCUUCGUUCUGCUAGUCCUUUGCAGCAUCAGUGUCUGCUUUUGUCGCAGUAGGAUCCCUGCAAGACUACCAAAAGACGGCAGCUCAAUAUGGCGAUCUACACUCCCUGACUUCCGCAUCUUUUUCGAUGGCACAGGGGCAAUGGCAGUGACGACCAUAGGGGUCUUGUUUGUUGACCUGGCCUACUUCAUUCCAAUCACCUACAUACCCUCUUACUACCUAGCACGCCAACAUCUUGACCAAGAAGCAGCAAUCACUGGCAGCGCGGCCUUUGCAUAUCAGCUCCUUGCUAUCCUAAACGCUGCAUCAUGUCCAGGCCGCUUAUUAGCUGGCUCUCUAGGCGACCACUUCGGCCACUACAACACCAUGAUCCUCUCCCUUCUCUUCUGCGUCAGCUCAGUCCUCGCCAUUUGGCUUCCUGACAUACUCUCUCCUGACUUGUCUUCUCCUGCUCUUCUUGUCGUAUUUGUCAUUAUCUUUGGCUUUGUAAGUGGAUCCAACGUUUCUCUGACACCGAUUUGUCUGGGUCAACUUUGCGAUAUUAGGGAUUAUGGUCGAUAUUAUGCUAGUUGUUAUACGGUUGUUGCGUUUGGAGUGUUGGUUAGUCUACCCGCUGCUGGAGGGAUUUUAGAAGCUGUUGAUGCGGAGGGUAAGGGACAGUUCUGGGGUGUUGUUGUGUUUACAGGCGGAUGUUAUAUUGUUGCUCUGGUAUGCUUCAUCUGGGUGAGGAUCAAGGUCAAGGGAUGGACAUGGGGGUAUAAGUGGUAGAAAGCUGUGAGAAUUGGAUAUGGGGAACUCCAGAGAGAGGGUUCCCGUGAAGAAGCAGCUGUGGAAAUGCAAGAACAUAUUUGGGGUUCAAUAGUUGUCAGAAAGAUUUAUCAAAUUACCCGUCUCUCCGG